UUCUGGCGUGAAAGCAAGGUGUCAAGGUAUCCCUUCCAAAACAACACAGUAUUAGUGAUUAAUUCAUCAAGGGUAAGAUCACAGCAGCGGCUUUAUACAGCCAUGCCAGAACCAGACUGCGGUAAAAAUGCAAGUUCAUUAGUGUCACAACCCAUGCGAAUUCCAGUCAACAUGCAAUGGCUUUUGCAGCACUGCCCAGCCUUUCCAGUUUGUGGAUCAAAGGUUAGAAUAAUCACCAAUCCUAAAGAAUUCUACCAAGAACUGCUAGACCAAGCCUCAAGGUCAUCACACCGUAUUAGUAUGUCUUCCCUGUAUCUGGGGACUGGAAAAUUAGAAAAGGAAUUGGUAUCCACUAUGGUAAAGCGAGCUGAUGAGUGUGAAAGUCUUCAGGUGAAAUGGCUCUUGGACUUCACUAGAGGUUCACGGGGAGACUACAAUUCAUGCAGCAUGUUGCAGCCCCUUAUAACCAGACAUCCAAGUUCAUGUUCUGUCUCUUUAUACCAUACACCUGACCUCCGUGGUGUCUUGAAAAGCCUCAUCCCUCAGCGCUGGAAUGAAGUAAUUGGCCUGCAGCACAUGAAGCUCUAUGUUUUUGAUGACACUUUGGUCAUCUCUGGAGCAAACUUGAGCAAUGACUACUUCACUAAUCGCCAGGAUCGUUAUUUUGUGUUCGAAAAUUGCCCAGCUUUGGCAGAUUUCUACCACUGUCUUAUAGAGACAGUUAGCAAGUUUUCUUUCCUUCUACACAAAAAUAACACAAUAGCAAUGCCUCAGGAAUCAACUGUUCACCCAUUCUUGGGUGAUUACAAGAAGUACUGCAGUGCAGUGAGAGAAGCAGUGGAGCAUCUUUGGAGAAAGGAAUGUGAAAAAAAUGUUUUGAGGUUACAGCACAUUAUCCAAGGUCAUCAUCACCAUUUACCCUCAGACAAGAGAGGGGAUGACUCAAAGGGAGAGAGUGAGCCUAACAAUAUGCCUGACACUUUGAUCUUUCCAACCUUACAAAUGGGACCAUUUGGCAUCACAAAUGAUAGUCUUAUUACAAACAGACUCUUGACCCAGGCUGAAGAGGGUGCAAGAAUACAGCUGGCAUCUGGAUAUUUCAACUUGACAAAAGAAUACAUGAAAUGCAUCCUAUACCACUCAAGAGCAACCUUCGGCAUCCUCAUGGCUCAUCCACAGGCCAAUGGAUUUCUGGGGGCACGUGGCUUUGCAGGAGCAAUCCCAGCAGGAUAUACUCAGUUGGCAAAAGGAUUUUACAAGAGAUUGUGUCAAGAAAGACAAAACGACAGAAUCUUCUUGUGUGAAUAUAAAAAGCCAGGCUGGACUUUUCAUGUCAAGGGCCUUUGGUAUUACCAACCAAAUAAGCCCCUGCCACUGUUGACAAUGAUUGGCUCUCCAAACUUUGGUUGGCGCUCAGUCAACAGAGACCUUGAGAGCCAGAUAGUGUUGAUAACAACUAAUGAGGACCUCCAAAAGUCCUUGCACCAGGAACAAGAAAGAUUAUAUAAUUCAUCAGAUCAAGUAACUGAUAAAACCUUUGGUCAGUCAGAUAGAUGGGUCCCAUUUUGGGUGAGAUUUGUGAUGCCUAUUAUAAAAGUCUUCUUUUGAAAAAUAUGUUCAUGUUUGUAUAUAAAGGUGCUUUGUUGGUCAUAGACUUCUGUAAUAAGUUGUUAUUGUAAAGUUUAUACAUUCUAUGGCAAAUAAAUAGAGAAAAAUUAA